UUUGUGAGAGUAGCUAUAGUAACGUGACUCGAUAUCGGUUCCAACCGAAAUCGAUGAGGGCGCGUGAUACCGUGAAUUGUUUACGUCACGAGCAGACGACGCAACUGUCAAUUUUUACGUUUCUAAAUGGUGAGAGGGACAGUCUUAUCCUUGGCAGCUCUUAGAGAAAAGCUCAUAACAUUUGGCUUUCAUUCUCCUAGGCCAGUGCAAAGUUAUUCACGAUAGAUAUACAACCUGCCCAGCGCCAGCUUUUCCGCCUUUGAAGUCGGUCGUAUUUUUAUCCAAGUCUUGUUGGCACUAUUCUCCUGGUUGAUCCCUGCUGCUGUCGCCCACUCUUAAAGGAGAGCUGGUUGCUAAUAAUCGCUGAUCAUUGCCAAAUCUCUCGCGCACCCACACAAUUUUUGCUCUGGCUUUUUGGGUUUCUGUCAAGUGGUCAUUUCAUCUUUAGCUAUCGGAAUCUCAACAGCUGUGUUUCUCGUUCUCAAAUUGUUCCAGCUCACAACAUCUUUUACGAAGAUUCUUUAGUGCGAGAUAAGGUAAAUAACAACCAAUUGGAUUCAGUGGUUUAAUUCUGGCCCAGAGAGGAGAGCCACUGCACUUUCCUCUGCACCAUUUGACGUAUAUCUGUGUUGGCAAACAUUGUGGGUUUGGUGAUAAGCAUCCCCAAGGGGUCUUUGUACAGUCUUCCACGUGCUAUUAGUCGUUAACUUGGUAACAAUCAGACGACACAUUUCCUCGUGUGCACAGACUCGCCGUCGACGGAUCUUAUUUCCCGCUCUGUCCUCGUCGAAAAUACACAAUGACGGGCGAAGUGGUCAGCUAUUCGGGACCGGGACCAGGUGAAUCCAAUCUGAUCGAGCCACCUGCCGAAAACGAUGUCGAGGAAGGAAAGGACAAUCAUUCCGUCAGCUCGCCGUCAUCACCUCGGCGUUGCCCUUUCCAGCCGUACGUCGACGUGGACCAGUUGGGACGGAUCACGGGCACGGCCGUCCUGGAUUCACCCGGAAGAAGUUCCCUGGGACGCAAGUCCAACCGGGGAUCGUUUAUGGGAGUCAGAAGACGAUCGCACCUGCAUAACAAGACGGCCGACGAGGUGGAGCGCAUCGUUCAAACGGGAAAAGUCCGCGAACUCAAAAACUGCAUCCGCUUUCACCAGUGGCUGCCGUUCGAUUGCGUCCGCUCUCGUCUCUGGCAGAUCAUUUGCAGUAUCCACGUCAAAGAUAAGGCGACGAUGGAUUCUUUAUACUGGGACACUGUCAAACAGAUUUACGGCACUCACGAUUUGGUGGCAAAGACUGGGCCGCUGCCGACUUUUGUGGAGCCGUCGUUUCAGAUGUCGUACUAUCUAAACGAAACGGGCAUUCAGGUGGCCCGGCGUGUCGUCAACAUCAUAUCCUAUUCGUGCCCCGAUAUCACGUACGCUCCCAGUUUAUACCCCAUCACUUGUCUCCUGCUCCAUUACAUGAGCGAGGAGGACUGCUACGCCUGCGUCUCGCAGAUGGUCUCGUCUAAGAAAACGAAAUUCAUUACGCAGACUAAAUUGCAUUUUGAAACUAUCUGGAGAACGUCGAUGAUUUUGUGUCGACGUCACGCUAAAUCGGCCGUUUCGUACCUCGCUAAACAGGCGGGAGAGAACAAUAUUCUCGAGUCCAUCCAUCAGCAAUGGCUGAAUUGCAUCCUGAAAGAGCUACCAUUCCAACAUUUGGUCCGCGUGAUGGAUUGUUUCAUGUUCGAGGGCCGGAAAGUCAUGUACCGUGUUUGGAUGGCCAUUCUCAUUCUUUUUCAUCGGCAUCUCACCUCUCUUUCGCCCAACGAUCGGCCAGCGUUGAACAAAGAGUCGAUCGUGGAGGCGACGUUGAUGGACUUUUGCCACAAUUUGCCUUGCAGCCCCGAGAAAUUACUGAGAACGGCCUACGGAGUGCGAAAUUUCAGUUCGUCCGAAAUGGAUCGACUCUUCAUCAAAACGGAGAUGUAUCUCAAAUCGAAGGCGGCCGCCUCGGCCUCAAUGCCCAACAACAAGAACGUCAUGGUGCCUCGGUCGCGUUCCAGCGACGUCUUGCCCACCAGCCAGUCUCAAGUCAACAUCCAAAUGAUGUCACACACGCUGACUAUUCGAGAGCUCUUGACGGUAUGGUCUUGGCUUCCGGUGCGGAUCACCAUGUACCAGCCGGAAUUGCUGUACACCACCGAGGAGCACGGCUGCAGUAUGACGACGUUCUUCAACCGGGUGGAACAGCACGAACCAACAAUCCUCAUCGUUAAAACUGCCACUGAAGAUGUAUUCGGAGCCUAUUGCUCAAGUCGGUGGGCGGAACGAAAUUCCAAAGAUUCUCAUGGCGGCCGUCAGGGCUAUUUUGGAACGGGCGAGACGUUUGUCUUCACUCUCGUACCCAACGAAAUCAAAUACCCUUGGGUUGGCAUCAGCGCCACUUCAUCCUCAGACGGCCCGUCCUGCGUCCGGCACGCUGCCGAACUCUUUAUGGCUUCCGACGGACACAUGAUCACUGUUGGCGGAGGGAAAGGUCAAGCCAUCUGGAUCGACGAAAACAUUCGUUAUGGCAAGACCGACGGCUGCUUGACAUUCAAUAAUCCGCCGCUGGCUUCCACAACCGAUUUCGAGAUUAGAGUCCUGGAAGUCUACGGCUUCCAGAACUUGUAAAAGAAAAAAAGCGGCAAACCCAACGAAACGACUUGUAGAAAAUGAUGUACCGACUGGGACGCCGUUGCAUAACAACAGAAAAAUCCUACAACAACAACAACACUCCAACAGACAAAAAUCCAGGUCGAUUUUAUGCUAAAAUUAGAUUUCUGUUUAUUAUUAUUUUUUUCCAACUUUCCUCGUCUUCUUCUUCUUUUUUUUAGUUUUUUGAAAAAAUGUUUGUUCUAGUGAACCAAAACUAAGCGUUCCAUGUAACAUGCUAGACUAGUCGUUGAACCUGUCGUGUCAAUCGUCGCCUAUCCCUAUAAGUAUCCAACAAAAAAAAAAAAGGAAAGAAAAAAAUAAGACAAACAAAACAAAACAGGCAGGAAUAUGUGUACUUAAUCAUCUACUAUAGUGUAUGUGUGUGUGCGAGUACGUUUGUUUACGUACUCCCAUUUUUAAUUUUCUUAUUUUUGGCUCUAUCCGGUUUAGCUUUGUUUGUUUGUUUCUUUUAUUCUUCCUCAUCAUCUUGCUUUGUUCCCCCCCCCCCUCCUCCGAUGAUGUGUGUGUACGUGUGUACGUGUUCUACUUAAACGAGAACUAGCGCGAAAUUUUUUUGAAAAAAAAAAAGCCCCACCAUGUUCUGGUUUCACGCUCGCCACGAAGAGGUGACUAGUCAACUUUAACAUGUUAAACGGUCUUGCCCUUUCGGUCAUAAUUUUACGAAUUUGGAAGGAGUAAAUAAGAAGAAUCGAGUGUGCUAAACUUUGAACGUAGUAUCUUUACCAUAGGGGGUGCUCCUACAAAAAGCUUUUUUGCCUAGAAGAAUAGCCAAGCAAAAAUUUACCAGAAGAAGAAGAAGAACUUUUUUGUGUGUGUGUCCUAUAUUUUGAACGAUGUUAAACUUGUACAUUCCCGUGUGGUGUGUGGUUCGAAUCUCCCGCUUGUCUCUAACAGGAGUGGAAACGGCUCAACCAACAAACAAAAAAACAAAAAAAAAGAAAUUAAUUCAUCCGAUCAAAAAAUUAACGAAUUGUCAUCGGUACACAUUUUCGGUAUCCAGCGAUCGUUUUUACUUUUUUUUCUUACUAUUGGAAAAACAAACCAACAAGAAAAUUCCUCUUUUGAAAUUGCCAUUUU